AGGUAAUACACGUAAAUGGUAAGAUAUGCAUCGUAAUAUUAUCAAUACACUUUACAAUAAAUAACGUUAAGCAUAUGUUGCGUAAUAGCGUAAUAGCGAAGAGAGAAGGAAUAAGAAUCAGAGUGGAAGGGGCACCGACUGUGACGUCAGCCCCCCUCCACACUCAGGCCAUGCAGGAGCAAUGCUCCGCCGAUUCAGACACUUGUGUUCGGGACGCGGUACCGUUAACUUCUAUUCCUAACUUUUUCCAUCCCUCCGGGGUCUUAUUAAGUUGAAUUUCAAUUUCUAGUUCAGAUUUAGUUUAGUUUACACGUAUCUUUAGCAGACCACAAUUAUAACCAUUGUAAUAAUAGCGUUUAUAAUUUGUGUAUUCAUCAUAACUGUUUGAAUUACCAAUUAUACUUAUUUUUAAUUAUAAUUUUGUGAUUAUUUACGAGAACCUAGAACCCCUCGAUUUAUUAUUACACAAGUCAGUAGUGCGCGGUAUAAAUAUAACUAUUCGAGUGAGUAUUGGAACGAGCCACCUGAAGAUUGCAUCAGGCGAACGAGCUGUUUGCUGACAACCGGAGAAUCCUGGGGUCUAACCGGACAACCAGUGGCUGAGAAAGCAAACCGUGGGACCUACCGUCGCAACUAACGUUCUUCAGAAGUCCGAUCUGUGCCAUCAUUUGUAUAUUGUCCUAUCAGGUGGAUCAACAUUAUUUCGGGGCAUCGUUGUGGAUGUGCCUUUCGCAUCGUUCUUCGUGUCGCAAUUUUUCCGGACAGACGGGUGGCGCGUUAUACAGCUGGCUGGACGAGCUCGCCUCGUUAGAUCGCGAUCUUUACCGCAGUCUGACCUUGGUAAAACAUUAUAAGGGCGAUAUCCGGCAGUUGGAGCUGACGUUCUCGCUCGACGAGGACGUGCUCGGCAAACUGGCCACGCACGAGCUCAUCCCCGGCGGGCGCACCACGGCGGUCACCAAUCAGAACAAGAUCCAGUAUAUCCAUCACAUGGCGCACUACAGAAUGUACCAUCAGAUCAAGGAACAAACGACCGCCUUCAUCAAAGGAUUCCGCUCGAUCAUCAAUUCCGAGUGGCUGUCGUUGUUCUCCACGCCUGAGCUACAGAAAUUAAUCUCGGGAGACAACGUUCCUUUAGACCUGCGAGACCUACGAAGGCACACGCAAUAUUACGGCGGCUUUCAUGACAGUCACCGAGUGGUGUGUUGGUUAUGGGACAUCCUGGAAAAGGACUUUACGGAAGAGGAAAGAGGCUUGUUCCUCAAGGUACGAUCGAUGAUAAGAUCAAGUAGUAAUUUCUUCAUUUGACGACCUUAUAAAAAUCAUUCUACUGUUAACUUUUUUCGCGAUAACAAUUUGUGACGAGUUGCUCUAAAUCGCCGUUGUUGGGCUUCGCACAUCUUGAACCACCCUUCUCCAUACGAUGCGUGGAAGUCUGCGACGACGAGGACACUGGAGAUACGAUAGGCAGCGUGAUUCGCGGAUUCUUCACGAUUCGCAAGAAGGAUCCGCAGAACCGACUACCGACUUCGUCGACGUGCUUCAAGCUGCCGAAUUACCAAAAGAAGAGCACGCUGCGGGAGAAGUUGCGUUACGCCGUCACCAGCAACACCGGCUUCGAGUUGUCGUAGAUCCUAUCGACCGGACGAUUUUUUUAUUCCAGAAACACUGAAAGCUUGACAAGUGAACGUUCAUUCGCGCUGUCAUUCAUCAUGAUUGUUCUCGAUGCGAAACGGAAGACGAAAUUCAGCGAUUGCAUACACGUCAAGACGAAGAAAGGGGAAACCGAAAGUUAGCCGGCGACACGAUUAAUGUAUCCCAAGCGUCAGCUAUGUACAAAGCGAUGUCGAGUGGUGUGCCUAAAUCGCCCCAAUCCCGAUCCAGCGCGCAAUCCGCAAUCCAUUCGAGCGUGUCGGUCAUUUUUCGCCGACUUUCGGAAGACGCGUGUGUCCAAAAGAGGCCAAUCAGUAACUGAAGAUGAUAUCGAGCAUGCUAAGCAGAAAGCAGAGUGUCCACGCGCCUUCGAUGCUCACGCGAACACAGGAAUAUUUUAGAGUAGCUGGAUCGGGUGUCGGUCAGAGUGAAUGUUCUUCCAGAUUGUUUGGCACAACUUUAUUACGGACAACGUGAUAUCGUACGAUGGACCAGCACAGUAUGCGUUCGUUCCGCUCUCGCAAGACUCGUUGCUCCCACUGAUUUUACGACGGCACGCGCGAGUCGCGAUCCCGAUCGCGAUUUCUCGCGGCGGCUGCUAAUUGGCGGAAUCGAUCGACUGUCGUUCCUUGCCAAUCAGAGACAGCCUCGUAGAGCUCCAAAAAAGGGCCACGCAAGACGCGCUGGGUCGAACUCGCUACGUAAGCGACCGAUUUGAUAUUGAUACGUGUUUACUCCGAAAUUCAUCGAAGCAAACGGCACGGUAGAUGAGAUUCGCAACACAGAGAAUGUAAAAUGUAAUAUAUGUACACAUUACAUUAUAUAUACAUACACAGUUACGCUAAAUUUCAGUAAACAAAAACUUUCAGUAAACUUUAUUCUUUUGAGUAACUCGUAUACUUUUGAUAAUUAUUUCAAAGGAUCAUCACUUAGGCAUUUUUAAUAUCGUAUUUGUAGGAGACUCGAUAUUAUAUCGAAAUAUUUUUGACUUUUGCUUAUUUUACUUAUCGAACACGUUAGCGUUUCUCGGCAAGUGGUCUCGGUUAAAUAUAUAUAUUACAUGGCUUACUUUUGCACUUACUGUGCUAAUGCGCCUUUUAAAGUUCUGCUACGAUGUGUUAUACAAUAUGUAUAAUUGUAUACCGAUGUAAUUAUCAAAUAAACAGCGAUGCUGAUAUAUGCUUUAAUAGAUUAUUAUCGGGAUUACUUUAUUGACAGCAAUGAUUGUAAAUGCGUACAUGGUUUAUUUUAUUCUAUUGCAAUUAAGUAAUAACAAAUGUAUUUUUGAGUAAAUAAACGAUUGUAAAUCUAA